GAGCUCAUCAAGAAGCGGAACGCCGACUUCCUCCGGGACCUCGAUGGGCCCAGCCAGCACCGCGUGGCGGACGUGCAGCAGCGGCAGCUCGAGGUGCUCUUCCGGGAGAUCGAGGGGUUCGAGCGCUUCUUGCCGUCAGCGGUGCAGAAGGCGUGGUUGCUGCCCAUCGAGCUGGACAAGGAACAGGAGAUCCGGGAGGUCCGGUUCUUCGACCGCGUCAACAAGUGGGUGUCGGACCCCGCCUGGAGAGCAGGACAGCAGAUGGACUGGCUGUUGACCCAGUCGGAGUGCCUGUUCUUGCUGCGG